AUGGUUGGGAGCGCCCUGGAGGGGAACCACCAUGUACCGACUGUGUGGAGAGGAGAGGUCUACAGUGUGGAGAGGAGAGGUAUACAGUGUGGGGAGGUCUACAGUGUGGAGAGGUCUACAGUGUGGAGAGGUCUACAGUGUGGAGAGGAGAGGUCUACAGUGUGGAGAGGUCUACAGUGUGGAGAGAUCUACAGUGUGGAGAUAUCUACAGUGUGGAGCUGUCUACAGUGUGGAGAGAUCUACAGUGUGGAGCUGUCUACAGUGUGGAGAGGUCUACAGUGUGGAGAGGUCUACAGUGUGGAGAGGUCUACAGUGUGGAGAGGUCUACAGUGUGGAGCUGUCUACAGUGUGGAGAGGUCUACAGUGUGCGGAGAUUUACAGUGUUUAGAGGAGAGGUCUACAGUGUGGAGAGGUCUACAGUGUGGAGAGGUCUACAGUGUGGGGAGGUCUACAGUGUGGAGAGGUCUACAGUGUGGAGAGGUCUACAAUGUGGAGAGGUCUACAGUGUGGAGAGGUCUACAGUGUGGGGAGGUCUACAGUGUGGAGAGGAGAGGUAAACAGUGUGGGGAGGUCUACAGUGUGGAGAGGUCUACAGUGUGGAGAGGUCUACAGUGUGGAAAGGUCUACAGUGUGAAGAGGUCUAAAGUCUGGAGAGGUCUACAGUGUGGAGAGGAGAGAGCUACCGUGUGGAGAGGAGAGGUCUACAGUGUGGAGAGGUCUACAGUGUGGAGAGGAGAGGUCUACAGUGUGGGGAGGUCCCUAGAAUGUGGAGAGGUCUACAGUGUGGAGAGGAGAGGUCUACAGUGUGGAGAGGUCUACAGUGUGGAGAGGAGAGGUCUACAGUGUGAAGAGGAGAGGUCUACAGUGUGGAGAGGAGAGAUCUACAGUGUGGAGAGGAGAGGUCUACAGUGUGGAGAGGUCUACAGUGUGGAGACGUCUACAGUGUGGAGAGGAGAGGUCUACAGUGUGGAGAGGUCUACAGUGUGGAGAGGUCUACAGUGUGGAGAGGAGAGGUAAACAGUGUAGAGAGGUCUACAGUGUGGAGAGGUCUACAGUGUGGAGAGGAGAGGUCUACAGUGUGGAGAGGUCUACAGUGUGGAGAGAUCUACAGUGUGGAGAGGUCUACAGUUAUAGAAGAGGUUCGGUGGGGACUGUGGAUAUUCAGGGAUCAGUUGCCGGAGGUAGAUGUGGAAAGGUAGAAAAAGCUUGAGGUACAGAGCACACCUCGCUGGGCUCACGAGGAGUGGGGUGACCCGAGAGAGCUGGAGGGAGAAGGAUGGGAUAUAUCCAUGAGGUGAAGUCG